UGUGCCCAUGGCCCCUUGUCCUGGUGCUGGGCACCACUGGGAAGAGUCUGGCAGAGGUUGAUCAAAUACACUGAAACUUUUGGAGAGGAGGGAUGUGUGUGGAUGCAGGCUUUGGAAAACAACAGGGUACUGAUCCCAAAGGCUCUCUGCAAUAUUUUUUUUUACCGGUGGGGAACAGAAGUCAGAUCCUGGCAAUGCAUCUGUUUGGGAAAAAAAAAAAAAAAAAAGAAUAAAUCGCCUUCUGUGGAAGACUGUCUCUUCAUCUGUGUCUGGAAAACAAACUCCUUUGCUGUCAAACCGUAGUCUAAAGACUUCAGAGAGCUUCUAGAAUAUGCCUAAGUAGUGGCUUGGUAUAGAGAAUUUUGAUCGUUCAUCCCCAGCAGGAGCCGGGUGAGCGAAGGCUUGCGUUGGUGUUCCACUGCUGCGGAGCUGUGUUAUGGGAAUGGUUGAAAGGCAGCGGGGUUGAGUCCCUGGCAGUGGCAGAUAAUGUACAAACAUGACGAAACAGGAGUCCAAAAAGGCUGCUUCCUGGAAGCGUCUAAUCUCCUGGGUGUUGUGUGCUUAGACUUGGAGUGUCUCAUGAGCGCUUGACGUUCAGGCCGAGGGAUGAGGCAGGAGCAGGUCCAUCCCGUGACUGACUCACGGCACCGCUCCACUGGCACUGGCUGAAGAGCAAGCUAACGCUGAAGUUUUUACGGCCCCUCCUUUAGCUGCGACUGUCAACCAAAUGUUGCAGGCAAGGCAGGAAAUUGAGAAGCUGCCCGGGGUGCAAAAUGCUUUCCUGUGUGUUAUCUACCAAAUUUUAAAAUGCUUUAAAAGUUGUUGUGGGGCAUCAGAUCUUAUUUUGAGCGUCGGGGCGUAUGAAAUAAAACGCUGUGUUGCUUUUCUCACCAGGCAGGGCUCGUUGCACCCUGACUUGCAGGACUGUUGCGUUCGGAUGACUUCCGAGCAUGUGACUGGAGAUUUCUUCCCAAGUCCCGGGGGAUGUGAGAGGUGCGGUGAGGUCUCAGCAGAAUUCCCUCCGCUGUGCCCGAGGACGCUUCUUGUGAAGCUUUAGAGCUCUCUUCAGCUGAUGGAUCAAGUGUGGGCAGAUCUGUUGCUGGCUUUUCAGGUCUCCGUGCCGCCGGUGCCGGUCCCCAGGACAGAGGGACCCGGAGCUGCCAUGACGACGGGUGACUGCUGCCAUCUCCCCGGCUCCCUGUGCGACUGCCCGGGAAGCGCCGCCCUCUCCAAGUCCGUGGAGGACUCUGACAUCGGUCGCCCGCAGUACGUCACGCAGGUCACCGCCAAGGAUGGACGGCUCCUCUCGACGGUCAUCAAGGCACUGGGCACGCAGAGUGACGGUCCCAUCUGUCGAAUCUGUCAUGAAGGUGGAAAUGGGGAGGGACUGCUUUCCCCGUGUGACUGCACAGGAACACUGGGCACCGUGCACAAGAGCUGCCUGGAAAAAUGGUUAUCCUCCUCCAACACAAGUUACUGUGAGCUCUGCCACACAGAAUUUGUUGUAGAGAGAAGACCGAGACCUUUGACAGAGUGGCUGAAGGAUCCUGGUCCCCGCAACGAGAAGAGGACCCUUUUCUGCGACAUGGUGUGUUUCCUGUUCAUUACUCCCCUGGCGGCGAUCUCCGGCUGGCUGUGUCUGCGCGGAGCCCAGGAUCAUUUGCAGUUCAACAGCCGACUGGAGGCCAUCGGACUCAUAGCACUAACGAUAGCACUUUUCACAAUCUACGUCCUUUGGACACUGGUUUCGUUCCGCUACCACUGCCAGCUGUACUCGGAGUGGCGAAGGACCAACCAGAAAGUCCGCCUGAUGAUCCCAGCCUCGCGGAGCCCCCACCCCGUGCCCCACUCCCUCCUCUCUGCCAAGCUCAUGAAGAAGACCGCGGAUGAAACCACCGUCUGAGCCGUCCCUCGGCCGCCGCGCCGCGUGGCUGCUGGGGCGAGGGCAGCCCUUGGGGGCUGGCAGGAGCAAAGAGGGGCGGGUGUCCCUGCGUGCUCAGGAAACGUGGCAACUGCGGAGGCACUAGAAAGCAAUCAUCCCCCCCGGAGGGACUCUGCGGUCAGCACGUGCUUAUACUAUGGCAAACAACGUUGAUAAUCAACGCCUGUCACGUGAAAUGGCCCAAAAGAGCCAGGCGACAGAACACGGGACACUUUCCUAUAACUAAAUACCAUACGUGGAAAAUAUCUCCAUAUAUAUAUAUAUAUCUAUAUAUAAUAUUAUUUUUUAAUGGCCAUGCAUAUUGUGUUUCAGUCCUUUUGUGUUGAUGUUCUAAGCUUCAGUAUAGAAGCUGGCAGCCUGAUCUCAUUCAGAGGUUAAAUCGAUGCCUUUUCUCCAAACGAGCGUACAAAGAACACUUCUCACCCGCCGUUCGUGGAAGUCCCCUUCUCCUUUGCACUAAAUUGGUUUUGAUAAUACUGCAGCAGCCUUUCUCGUUACUCUUUGGUCUCUCUCGUGGUGUUUCUGUCCUUUCUAGAAAGUUGUGUGUUUUUAAUAAUUAUUGUAAUCCAGAAGGAGUAAAAUGACGUAAUCCUGAAUGGAGACAUUUUGUAUUGUAAAGUAUGGUAAUUUUGAGAAUUUCAAAAUAAGUUUCAAAAUGAGAAAAACCUUUUCCUGUGCAGACAUGAUCUCACAAAACGCUUUCCUUGCAGAUCCUGGCUCAUCCCCAGGACUCGGAUGCACUCGGCUGCUGGUGUGUCUGGCAAAGGUAGAUGGAGAGCUGAGGGUGGGAGGUGAUGGCUCGUCCUAGCUAAACCCACCAUUGCCUUUUGCUUUUAAAAGAUUCAGAAAGGAGCUUUCCUGACCCCUAAAGGUGAGAGUUGGAGUCUCUGUUUGCUGAUGUCCUUUCACCACCCUGAGGCUGGACCUCUCAUAGUCCCAGUUACACCCAUACCUUAGGGGACAGGCCCUGCACUGCAGCCGCUCGGCAGGACGCUGUCUCUGUGCGCUGUGUUUGCACAUUCCUCGGCAGCAGCCAGGGGAGCUGCUGUGAUUUGGCUCAUCCCCGAAAACGCUGCCUGCCUGUUUUGUCCCCUCUCGAGAAACACCCCAAGAUCGCUGGUUCCCGGAGAACAGGCUCUGGGUCCCUUCUCCUGCAGGGCCAGUGUUCCUCCUCCUCCUUCGUUCCCAGCACAUCCAGCUAGCGAACCCCUCCGUCGUGGAGUGCCCAAUCUGCCGAGGGUCUCCCCGAGUUUGGCUUUAGUCCUCGCCUCUCUGCUGCCUCCCCACCCUGCCAGACGAUGCCUGUGCUUGGUGCUGUGCUCUCCGGAGCCCCAUGAGAGGAGCGGGCCGUAAGACGCCGGCACCGGCACUGCCCACCAGAGGUGGGUGCAGCAGCUGGGAGGCAGCCUUGGCUCUCCCUCCCGCGGUGGUGAGGGUGGAUAGCAGGGAGGAGGCAGGCUCCAAGGCGCCCGUGUCCUUGCAGCGGGUGGUGGUACAGUCACACACUUGCGUCCCUCUGCUCCUUUCCUGAAGUUGAGUGGAUCAGUCCGAUGCCCUGCUAGAUCGAGACCUGUAAGUUCUUGAAUUCAAAGCACCACGUGCCAUUCCUCCUUCUCUCUAGCUGCAAAGCAGGCGGCUUUUCCUUCCGUGUCCCUGACCCUAGGCUGUAAGUCGCUGGUGGGAUGAGCAGUAGGGGCCAGUGCCCUGUCUCUCCCAGUAGGGUUGCUCCAGCCCUGGGGCCUGGUCUGUGCCUGCUCUCCUCCCGCCCCAGGGUUCUCCUGCAGCUCAGUGACACCCCAGCACAUCUUGCAGCAGCCCCUGAGGUUUGGUCCGAGCUGGUCUCUGUUCUGAGCACGAGGGUCUCCUUUGAUCACAGGGUGAACGGCUUCUGUCGCGGCCAGGUUGUGCAUCUCUGCUCCCCUCUCUGCCACCCUCUCUGCCCGUCUCUUCCCUUCUGCCACGGCACCUUCCCUUCUCCCUGUUGUGCAGGGAUGGCUCAGCUCCCGGAUGCCCAUGGCGCAGAGAGGCCUCUUCAGCCCCGCUGCGGUUCUGCUCCCCGCACCGCGGUAGCGUCCUGCUUCAAACCAGCCUGUGCAGGGGAGCUGCCACGCAGGCGCUGCCCCCCUCCGCGCGCCCCUUCCCUUGGCAGUGAGUGCUGCACCGCUGCUCCGUGCCUUGUCCUGGGUUCCCCUUCCUUCAGCCCCUCCCCAGCAAACCCCGUGUUCACCAGGAUGUUCCCAGCAAAGAAAAAUUUGGGGGUUUAGUUUACCCUUCCCAGCCCUGGCUGCCUCCCAGGAGUUUGCUCUUGCCACACGUCUCGUUCUGGCAGGUAACGAAGGAUGUGCGCUCCCACACCACGUUCCCCUAGUAAGGACUUAAUGGAACCAGUGUUUCAGUUCGGAAACCCACUCUUGAUCCAAAUAUGCAACUGUGAAAGCCAGAAGUCCCUGGCUGGGGGCAGCUGGGGCCCAGCCCAGUGCUGCUGCGCGGCCGUGGCUUCGCUCUCAGCUUCGUUGUCUUUAUUGUAGUUGCCGGUAAUUGGAGUUGUUGCAUGUGCCCCUGCAAAACCCAACAGCGACUCUUUGAGUCUCCUCCUCCUUCCCAGAGGAGACAUUCAGCUCGUGGAUGUGGGAAAUCAGUGUCUCUGACCCUCCACGUUCCAGUGUCACGGGGAAAUGGGCUGUGCAAUUAUGUAAAUAAAAGUGAGACAAACGUU